AUGCCGAGCAAGACAAGGAGUCAUUGGGAAAAAGAAACUACUACUCCUUUCUUCCGCAUACACGGUGUAAGGCAAGAGCUAAAGCAAAAGUUAAAACAGGAUAAGAACAAGAAAUGGAAGACUCGAGUUUUUGCAUUAAAUCAGCAUGAGACGGAGCAGGAUGCGAAUGUGAUAGCAGCAAAGUGCAAGACUCUACCUCGCCUUGUAUCGGCUUUUCAAAUGGAGAAGAUGUUGAGAAAAGAGUCAUGUCAAGGAUUCUUAGUUAAUAUCAUCGGUUUCAAACCUAUAGAAACAACCGUUGAUGAUAUUAUGUACCCUCUGCUAAGAAUAGAAGAUUUAUUCAACCAAUUAAGGGGUACAACAGUGUUUUCAAAUAUUGACUUGAGAUCGGGGUAUCAUCAUCUAAAGGUCAAGGCAAGCGAUAUACCGAAAACUGCUUUCAAAACUCGUUGCGGACGUUAUGUAUUCACUUUCAUGCCUUUCAGCUUGACCAAUGCUCCAACUAUAUUUAUUGAUCAAAUGAACUGA